UCACUGUAACACACAAAGCCUUGCCCACUGAAACUGCGCGCGAGACAGAGAAAAGCCUAAUGACCGUCGAAGAAUCUCCGGCCGCCGGAGACUUGCCGGAGGAAAUGCCGCAGGAGCCCGAAGACGUCAUCAAAUGGUUCGAAACCACGGCGGCCAACGCCGGAAUCUCCCAAGCCAAAACACUUCGCCGAAUCCUGGAGCUCAAUAGCCACACCGAAUACCUCCGGCGAUUUCUCGGGGCCGAUUUCGAGAUCGGUGAUUAUCUCGAUUUAAACAACCUGCAAUCUCUCUUCUCCUCACGAGUGCCCCUCUCGUCUCACGGCGACAUCGAACCGUUGAUUCGCCGCAUCGCCGAUGGAGAGCCGUCGGCCGGUUUGGUCACCGGAGAAAAUAUCAGCAUGCUUUCGCUUAGUUCGGGGACUACGGAUGGCCGGCAAAAGCUUGUUCCGUUUACCAGAUUCAGUUCUCAGAUGACUCUUAGGAUAUUUCGCCUCGCUGCUGCGUAUCGAUCGAGGAUUUUCCCCAUAAGACCCAAAAGCAAGAUUUUGGAAUUUAUAUACAGCAGCAAGCGGUUAGAAACAAACGGUGGUCGGGUCACCAUUGGAACGGCGACCACCCAUUGGUUCGCCAGCGAGGAAUUCAGAUUGAGGCAAUUAGCAACUCAAUCCUUCUCCUGCAGCCCGCUGGAAGUCGUCGCCGCCGGCGAUCACCGGCAGUCUACUUACUGUCACCUUUUGCUCGGCUUCGUCUUCUCCGACGAUGUAGAUUUCAUCGCCUCUACUUUCGCCUAUAGUCUCGUUCAAGCCUGCUCUGAGGCUGGUCUGGCCUGA